AUGGUGAAGAAGAAAAUUGAUAAUCGUAUACGUGUCAUGAUAGAAAACGGUGUCAAAUUAGGACACCGUACCAUGUUUUUGCUUGUAGGAGAUAAGAGUAGAGAUCAGGUGCCUAUUUUAUAUGACAUGCUUGUUAAAUCAAGUGUAAAGUCAAGACCAACAGUGCUUUGGUGCUAUAAAAACAAGGAUGAAGCUAUAAGCAAUCAUGGACGUAAAAGAGCAAAGAAAAUUGCAGCAGGAAAACUAGAAGUGUCAGAAGAGUCAUUGUUUGAUGCAUUCAGAGUGGCCACAACUAUUCAUGGAAGAUAUUACUCUGAGAGUCAUGCCAUGCUUGGUCAGACAUAUGGUGUGUGCGUAUUGCAGGAUUUUGAAGCUCUUACACCUAACUUGAUGGCCCGUACAAUUGAAACAGUAGAAGGUGGAGGGCUUAUUAUUUUCCUUCUUAAAACAAUGGAUUCACUAAGGCAAUUGCAUUCUAUCACUAUGGAUGUUCAUUCCAGAUUUAAAACAGAGGCAUAUGACACGGUGGUGAAUCGGUUCAAUGAGCGUUUCUUGCUAUCUCUCGCCGACAAUCCUCGUUGCCUGGUGUUGGAUGACUCUCUCACUGUAUUGCCAAUUUCAUCGAAGACAGCACAAGUGGAGCCAGUGGAUGUUGUACCAGAGCGUAUAAACCCCAAACUAACGGAAUUGAUAACUUCCCUUUCGGAUUCACCACCUGCUGGUCCGUUGGUUGCUCUCUGUCGCACGUACGACCAGGCGACGGCACUAGUUGCACUUAUAAACACACUCGCAGAUAAACAGUCAAGACCUCCACACUGCCUCACGGCCGCCAGAGGGCGCGGUAAAUCCGCUUGCCUCGGCUUGGCUGUAGCGGCGGCUGUAGCUUUGGGCUACGUCAACAUAUACGUCACUUCGCCACACCCAGAGAACCUUAUCACACUAUUCGAGUUUGUGCUGAAAGGGCUCGAUGCGUGCUUGUAUCAGGAACACAUUGAUUACAACAUUGUGAGGUCGACUAAUCCCGAUUUCAAGAAGGCCAUUGUUCGAGUUAAUGUUGCGAGGAACUCUCGGCAGACUGUGCAAUACAUCACCCCGGAUGAUCAUUCGUUACUAGCGGCUGCGGACCUCGUACUAGUGGACGAGGCGGCGGCUAUCCCUAUCGCUCACGUAUCGGCUGCAGCACAGAAAGCGCCACUCGCAUUUCUCUCAUCUACGGUUUCUGGAUACGAGGGCACAGGCCGUGCUCUAUCACUCAAACUCUUCGCUCAGUUACAGACCGAGCACAACGCUCCGCCUCCGAUAAAAUUAGAGGAGCCGAUUAGGUACCGAGCCGGCGACCCCGUGGAGCGAUGGCUGAACGCGCUGCUGUGCCUGGAAGCGCCUAGCGCAGGGCCGGGCGCGGGCGCGCCGCCGCCCGCCGCGUGCGAACUGCUGCGCGUGAACCGCGACGCGCUCUUCUGCUAUCACCGCGCCGCCGAAGCCUUCCUGCACCGCCUCGUCGCGAUAUACGUCGCCAGCCAUUACAAGAACAGUCCGAAUGAUAUUCAGCUUUUGGCAGACGCGCCGGCACAUUGUCUGUUUGUCCUUUUGGCUCCAACCCCGCCCAAGUCUACUUCAAUGCCUGAAGUGCUGUGUGUCAUACAGAUGUGCCUCGAGGGAAAUAUUUCUGAUAAGACGGUUCGAGAUAGCCUGGGCCGUGGACGAAAAGCAGCCGGUGAUUUAAUUCCAUGGAAUAUUUGCGAACAGUACGGUGACAAGGAUUUCCCCAAACUGUCCGGAGCGAGGAUAGUUAGGAUAGCCACGCAUCCGUCUUAUCAACGGAUGGGAUAUGGGAAGAGGGCACUUCAGCAGCUUGCUGCGUACUACUCUGGUGACAUUCCUUGUCUGGAUGAAGACGCCUCGGACGACGAGGAGCAGGCAAACGGACAAGCAAACACGUUGCAAACUGAAACGAUUGUGCCCAGGACGAAGCCACCAACUUUGUUGAAAAGGUUGACAGAAGUCAGGGCUGAACACCUGGACUACUUGGGAACAAGUUUUGGUCUAACCGAGGAGUUGCUUAAAUUUUGGAAGUCACAGAAAUAUGUGCCGGUUUACUUAAGUCAAAAAGCGAACGAGUUAACUGGCGAGCAUUCGUGUAUAAUGCUGCGGUCGCUUUCGGAGAGUGCGUGGCUCGCGGCGUACAGUGCCGACUUCAGGAAACGCCUGUCGAGAUUGUUAUCCCGAAGUCUAAGACGAUUGCCUGCUUUGCUCGCACUCAGUACUCUUCUCAACGACAACAUAAAGAUUGAUAAGCCUGAACUAACAAAGCAGCUGAUUUCUGAACAAGUGUCAGGCCACGACCUAGGACGUUUGGAAGCGUACUGCCGCCAACAGGCAGAUUACCGACUCAUCACCGACCUCAUCACCCCGCUGGCUCACCUGUUAUUCCAUACUCGAGUUCCGGUCAAACUCGACGCCGUGCAACAGGUGAUAUUCGUGGGGAUGGGCUUUCAAAUGAAAGAUGUCGACGACAUAGCCGCGGAAUUAGGCCUCCCCGGCUCACAAAUCCUCGCUAAAUUUUACGAAGCGUGUAAGAAGAUAAACAUUGCUGUCAACUCCGUUUUAGAAGAUACCGUAGCCAAAGAGAUCGGAAUAGACGAUAAAACUGCUGACGUGAACAUAGACGGACCGGUGAAGCAGAGUCUAAAUGCAGAGUUGUCCAAAGCUGCGAAGGAGUUGGAGCGUAAACAGCGCAAAGAGUUAUCCAGACUGAUGGGUGAAGAUCUGACGCAGUACCGCAUCAAAGGCAGCGACCUAGACUGGAAUCAAGCUCUCACCACCUCCAAGCAGAAGAACAUUGUUUCAGUUAAAAGCGGUGAGAAACGCUUGGGCGACGACAGUAAAGAAAUUGAUGACUUAAUAGAAUCCCACUCCAACAAGAAGAAGAAAAAGAAGAAACAUGUUAGAAAUUGA